AUGAUCAGCUCUCUAAUGGCUUGUCCUCCACCACCGCCUCCUCCUGUACCUCCCGCCACUACUACCACUACUACCACUACUACUACUACCACUACUACCACUGCUACUACUAAUAGACCUUCUACUACUACUCCCAUCAGGCCUAACACUUCUGCUCCUUCAAAUGGACUUGCAAAGCGUGAAACCAAACAAGUGGAGGUGACAGUGGUCAGCAACCAAGCCUAUGAUCCGUUGCUUAACGAUAUGCAUCUGGAAGUGUUUAGAGCUUUGGUAAGCCAGUAUUUUUCGGAAGUCUGGGAGCUCAACGACUACGCUAAAACAAAUGGAGUAACAUACAAUAAAGGAUUAGUCAAGGAAACUGUGAAGAACGAGGACGGCAUGUUCGCUGUCCUUUAUACUCUCAUGGGUGCCAGCUGUGACGAAGUGAAGAAUUUCGCUCAAAAAGCUAAAAAUGCGGCAGGUUUCAUCAAGGAAAAAUUUUUCCACUUUGUGGAGCUUACUUGUGCGUUGCUACCAUCAGAGGAACGCCUUAUUGAGAUCACGAAAUUAUCGCUAGGAGACUGCCAUUUUGCUAAUAAUCAGAAGUCGAGAGAAGAAUCGAAAGACGGAGCGUGGUUCACGGUUGCCGGUUUUGAAAAGGCACUAAAAUGUCAGCCUUUAACCAAGGACUCAGAAGUAUGUCGAUUCGCUGAAAACAAGCCCAACAGUAACGAUCUGGAAGUGUACAUUUAG